CCUUCAAGAAGAGAUAUGUUGCUUCUUACAGAUUCUGCUAAGUCUUGCGAUCCAGCGCUUACUCGAGCUUCCGGCAUGGGAAGCGAAAAAAGGCUGAAGACUGGAUCAUCUUCAGGAAACCAUGGAACAGUGUCAGUUGCUCUUACCAAGGCCAGGCUUGAUUCUCAAUCAGCUGUGAGUACCCAAGUUUUCUCUGAUAGGGAAUUCCAGAAGAAGGUUGGUAGAUUCUUUUACGAAGCAGGAAUUGACCUGGAUGCUGUUACAUGUCCUAGCUUUCGGAUGAUGCUGAAUGCCCACUUUGGUUCUGAAGAUAUAGCUUACCCAAUUCCUAGCUGUGAGGAUUUAAGUGGGUGGAUUCUUCGGGAAUCAGUGGAAGAGAUGGAGCUGUAUGUGAGAGAGAUUAAAAGCUCGUGGUCAAGCACAGGUUGCAGCAUCCUAUUGGAUGGGUGGGAAGACUUGACAGGUCGCAGACUUGUGAAUGUUCUGGUGGCCUGCCCAAAAGGCACAGUUUAUCUUCGAUCAGCAGACAUCUCCGGGUUUGAUCAGGAGAUUGGUUGCAUGUUGGGGUUCCUUGAUGAUGUUCUCAAGGAAGUUGACGUACAAAAUGUAGUACAGAUCAUCACUUGCUCCACUUCAUCUUGGAUGAAGACUGUUGGCCAGCAGGUGAUGGAAAAAUAUAAGACAGUUUUUUGGACAGUUUGUGCAUUGCAUUGUUUAGAACUUACGUUGAAGAAAAUGGGAGCAAUUGAUGCAGUUAAAGCAACACUGGAUAAAGCAAAAUCAAUCACAAGAUUUGUGCACAGAGAUGCUACUAUUCUAAAAGUUCUCAGAGAUCACACUUCGGCCAAGUACCUGGUUAGGCCAUCCAAGUUCAAGUUAACAGAGCCUUUCUUAACUCUGGAGAACUUGCUAUUUUUACAAGAGAAGUUGCAGCAGAUGUUUCUUUCGACUGCUUGGAAGACCACGAGAUAUGCUUCCUCAGUGGAAGGGAAAAGAGUGGCUGAACUGUUGGCUGACAGCUCUUUUUGGACUGGAGUGGAAAUGGCAGUUAAGGCGACCAUACCUCUUGUGCGUGUCAUAGAAUUGAUAGCCAAGAACAGUGAGCCACAAGUGGGUUUUAUCUAUGAGACAAUGGAUCAGGCCAAAGAAACAAUCAAGGAGGAGCUCGAUGAUAAAGAAUCCAUAUACUUGCCAUUUUGGAAGGCAAUUGAUGACAUAUGGGAUGGAUCUUUGCACAGCCCUCUCCAUGCUGCAGGAUACUUUUUGAAUCCAAAGUAUUUUUAUACUAAUGAUUUCUAUGCAGAUUCAGAAGUUUUGAAUGGCCUUCUGUGCUGUAUUGUGCGUUUGGCUGAAGAUCCUAGGCUUCAAGGGGUAAUAAAUUCACAGAUUGAAGAAUAUCGCGGAGCAAAGGGUCCUUUUGGUCUUGGACUUGCUCAUCUGCAGUCUUCUCCAGGUAGUUGGUGGUUAGAUUAUGGACAUGGAUGUCCUCAGCUCCAACAUUUUGCUGUACGCAUUUUAAGCCAAACAUGUAGUGGUGCUGCAAGAUACAAUUUGAAGAGGAGCUUGGCUGAGAAGUUACUCAACAAGGGGAGGAAUCCGAUAGAACAAGAGAGGCUGGCUGCAAUGGUGUUUGUGCACUGCAACUUGCAACUCCAAAAUUUUAAUCAAGGUAUAGCAUCUGACUUUGGAACUGCUGCCAUUGACCCCAUGGACGACUGGGUGGUUGACAAAGCACCACCUGUUGUGUCUCAAAACAAUGAAGAGGGGAAAGAACUUACAUGGAAGGAAUUGGAAUGUGGGAACAUAAUAGGUGGUAGAGGGGAAGGUGAUCCAGGACCUUCUAAUUUCCAUUAAAAGCAUUAGUCUAUAUUGUUCUAACUUUUGGGAAGGCUAAGCAAAUUGCAGACCAUGUAAUUUUUCUCAGUACGAUUCUAUAUACUAUUGUCGGUUGUGUCUAGUUAUA